GGAGGAGCAUCUUCUUCCCCGGCGGCCCUUAUCCAGUUUCGGCGGCAGCCGCGCACCUCCCACUCUACUAGUCUAGUGGCCACUGGCCAGUACGCGUACGCCGUCCCGCUCGCUCCCCUCGCGCGCCAUGGCUCCCCGCGCCACCCAGCUCCUGCUCUUCCUCAUCGUCGGGCUACUCGUCCUCGCCGCGCCCGCGCCGGCGCUCGCCGCCGACGGCACCAUCGUCUUCACCACGCUGGGCCGCAGCCGCUACGCCUUCGACAUCUUCGCGCUCCCGCUCGCCCCGCGCUCCUCCUCCUGCCCCGCCGCCGAGGCCCGCCUCAGCGAUGGCGCCUCCGUCAACUACAACGGCAACUUCGCGCCGUCCGGGGACUCCCUCCUCUUCGUCUCCGAGCGCAACGGCACCCUCAACCUCUACAUCUCCCUCGUCCCCUCCGGCUCCGGCUCCGGCUCUCGCCGCGAGGCGCUUGAGGUGCCCAAGGCGGCGCCGCUCACGCCGCUGCUCCCUUGGGACCCCAUCUCGCUCAAGGACCGCCCGUCGCUGACCGCCGACGGCGCCCACCUCGUGUAUGUCUCCACCGCCGAGCCCGCCGGGUCACCGCGCCGGAGUUGGGCGGGCGUCUACAACACGCACCUGCCCUCCGGGUCCACGCGCCGGCUCACCCCACGCGGCGUCGCCGACUUCAGCCCCGCCGUGUCGCCGUCCGGGGAGUGGACGGCCGCCGCGUCGCCCGGCCCGGACGGGUGGGGCGGCGAGGUGGAGGACCUCGACACCGACAUCUACGUCUUCCGGACGUCCGACGGGUCGCGGCGGACGCUGGCCGUCCGCGACGGCGGCUGGCCGACCUGGGCCGACGAGACAACCCUCUUCUUCCACCGCCGGGACAGCGACGGCUGGUACGGCGUGUACCGCGCCAAGAUCUCGUUCGCGGGUGACGCCGGCGUGUCCGCGGCGUCCGUCGAGCGCAUCACCCCGCCGGGGUUCCACGCCUUCACCCCGGCCGCGUCGCCCGGCGCGCCGGGGCUCGUGGCGGUGGCGACCAGGCGGCCCGGCUCGGACUACCGCCACAUCGAGGUCAUCGACGUGAGCGGCGGCGGCGCGAACGCCUACUUCGAGGUGACCAGGCCCGUGGCGCCGCGCGUGCACCACUUCAACCCGUUCAUCUCGCCGGACGGCGCGCGCGUCGGGUACCACCGGUGCCGGGGGAGCGAGAACGGGGACUCGCCGCUGCUCCUGGAGAACAUCAAGAGCCCCGCGCCGGACACGUUCUCACUGUUCAGGAUCGACGGGUCGUACCCCUCCUUCUCGCACGACGGCAAGAGGAUCGCCUUCGUCGGGCUGCCGGGGCUGUUCGUGGUCAACUCCGACGGUUCCGGUGGUCGCCGGCGAAUCUUCUCUGGCAACGCCUUCCCCACGGCAUGGGACUGGAAGAGGAAGGGGGUCAUCUACACCAGCAUCGGGCCAGACUUCGCGAGCGAGAGGACGGAGGUGGACGUGGUCGCCGUGUCGCUUGGCGACGACGACGACGAGGGCUCGAGCAUCUCGAUCAAGAAGCUCACCGUGGGUGGCGGGAACAACGCGUUCCCUUCCCCCUCGCCGGACGGCAAGUGGAUAGUGUUCCGGUCGGGGAGGUCCGGGCACAAGAACCUCUACAUCAUGGACGCCGAGGACGGCGAGGCCGGCGGCAUCCGGCGCCUGACCGAGGGCCCCUGGUCCGACACCAUGUGCAACUGGUCCCCCGACGGCGAGUGGAUCGCGUUCGCCUCCGACCGGCACAACCCCGGCGGCGGCAGCUUCGCCAUCUACAUGGUCCACCCGAACGGCACCGGGCUGCGGCGGGUGGUGCACAGCGCCGACGGCGGGCGGACGAACCACCCCUGGUUCAGCCCGGACUCCAAGUCCCUGGUGUUCACGACGGACUACGCCGCCGUGUCCGCGGAGCCCAUCUCGAACCCGCACCACUACCAGCCCUACGGCGAGAUCUUCACCGUGAACAUCGACGGCUCGGGCAUCCGGCGGCUCACGCACAACUCGUUCGAGGACGGGACGCCGUCGUGGACGCCCUACUACCUGAAGCCGGAGGACGUCGGCGAGACGCUGCAGGCCUCCGGGGCGUGCGCGUUCGAGGACUGCCACUGGCUCAACAUCGAUGCCAAGCCAGAUGGCCUCAUGUGUGGUAGGCACGGCUAAGUUGCAUCUGUGAUGGAGAAAUUAUGGGCUCAUGUAUGUAGUAGGUAACUGGGUAUAUAGCGACCAGCGAGGGCAGUGAUGCUCUCCCAUCUAUAUUUGCUUGCCUACGAAUAAGGUCAUGUAUAUACAGUACAGUCAUGCAAAUUUUAAGGCAACAAUAACCUGAUUUGCACA